AUGGCGGAACCACGGCAGACGCCGAUCAGCACAGACUCGGUGCUCCAGGCCAUGGCGGAUGCUCUGCCCACGCACCAGCCAAACGACGAAUCGUCCGACAUCGCAAGUUCCUACGAAGUCGUAGCGCUGCUCGCACACGCAUACUUUGUCUCUCUCGACUUUCGGCUGUACGGCUUUAACGAAGACAAGUUGCUGGAGGAAUGCCAGACUUUAGCGCCUCGUCUCCCCCCUCAGUGGAAUAAUGGAUUCGGCGCUCUAUCUUUUGUAUAUAGGCACAAGCAGUCGGCUAUGACAUUUGUCUUGCGCGUCGACCGCAUGGGCGCAAAGGUCGAGAUCCGGGCUCUCGCUGUCGGCGACGAAAAGAUCUACCGGGUCGAGUAUGAGACUCGAAAUGUUGUCUACGCUAGCAAACUGCCCUUUCGCAUUCCCCUCGAUCGCCAGGGACAGGAGAACCGAAGCAAUCUUGUGAGGACGCUGAAGGAUCUAUUUGACUCGCCCGAAGUCGUCGAGAGGAUAAUUCGGGAUCUGAGGGUCAAUCUGGUGCAAAAGUUGAUCCCAAGGCUUCAGAAGGAGGGCUAUUUCGAGACGGAGGAAGGCGUGGAACAGAAGAUCCCAGGUACAAUUGAACGACACAUUCAAGAGAGCAGUCAACAGCGCCCUCCCGGCUUCGAACAACCCAGACGAUUUGACCCUCCUGCUGCGAUUCUUCCACAGGCAUCAGAGCCAUUUCGACCACAACAGCCACCACACCCCUAUCCGCAUCCCGGUUUACUGCCCAAUGCUGGCGCCCCUCGGCGACCCAUACCUGGUGAUUUUCCCCCUCCUGGUUUUGAGGAUGAGCACGAAAUCAACGCUCCACCGCGGAACAUGGGGGGGUUGCGAAUGCCUCCCAUCAACAUAGGACAUGAUGAUCUCAAUCCCCAAGGACUUGGCCCCCACGAUCCGCUCAGGGGGUCCUUUGUGGGCGGAGGUCCGCCUCGACCUGGCGGCUUUUCAGGCAUGCAUCCCACCUUUGGCGAUCCGCUGUUUACAGGACAGGGUGGCUAUGGAGGUCAAGCGUAUGGCCAAGGAUACAAUUCGCAAAGGCCUCCAGGAGCUAGGUACGAUCCGGUCGAUCCCAGCGACGGGCCAAUGUACCCUCAAGGGCAGCAGCCUCCAUUUCCCGGGAGAGGAGGCGGCAGGGGCGGCAACAACGGAGGCUUUGGCUUUGGUCCGGGAGAUAUUAUUUGA